UAUCUGUCUUUCUGCCUCUGUUUCUCUCUCCCUGUAGGAAACUAAUGAGCAAAUCGCAAUAGCGAAUGUUGCAUUAACAUCAGGAUGAAGUUCUUCGCCGCUCAGUGUCAGCAGGCCUCUUUUGUGCUCCUCUGAGGAUACACACACCCUCGCUUCCACAGAGCCCACAGAGCCGGCGUCACUGGGACGGCUUGAAACUCUUCGCCCUUCUCUGUUUCAUAUACAUCCCCCAUCGUUAGGGCGCUGCUCACCCCAGCCGAAGCAUGUCAUCGGUGGGUGUGGCACGAUCGCAGCGGGAGACGGCCCGCUCCUGCCCGCGCCGUAUAUCUGAAACUUGCCUUGUGUGGCUACUGGGCUUGGCACUUCGCCUGGCGCUAUCCUCCUGCCAGCGGGCAGACCUCACUGCAGCCAAGCACCCUAUGGUCACCACUGGCUAUGGGAAGCUUCGGGGCGUACGCAAGGAGCUGAACAAUGAGAUUCUGGGUCCGGUCGAGCAGUACUUGGGCGUCCCCUACGCCACCCCGCCAGUAGGCGAGAGACGCUUCCAGCCCCCGGAGGCACCAGGCUCCUGGCAGGAGAUCCGUAAUGCUACCCAGUUUGCACCAGUGUGCCCACAGAACAUUCACGGUGUGCUGCCAGAGAUCAUGCUUCCCGUAUGGUUCACCGACAACUUGGAUGCUGCCGCGGCUUAUGUACAGAACCAGAGUGAGGACUGCCUUUAUCUCAAUGUCUAUGUUCCCACAGAGGACGGUCCGCUCACAAAAAAACACGAUGAGUCUUCGAUGAACAGACCGAGGGACGAAGAUAUUAGAGAUCGUCGGAAGAAGCCUGUGAUGUUGUUUAUCCAUGGUGGUUCAUACAUGGAGGGAACAGGAAACAUGUUUGAUGCAAGUGUUCUUGCUGCCUAUGGAAACGUGAUUGUCGUCACUAUGAACUACAGACUGGGCGUUCUGGGUUUUCUGAGCACUGGAGAUCAGUCUGCGAAGGGGAAUUAUGGGCUACUGGACCAGAUUCAGGCUCUGCGAUGGCUCAAUGAGAACAUCGGACACUUCGGAGGAGACCCAGAGAGAAUCACCAUAUUUGGCUCUGGGGCUGGAGCCUCAUGCGUCAACCUUCUCAUCCUGUCCCAUCAUUCUGAAGGUCUGAAACUCUGUUGCCUUGAUCAUCAACACAAAAUCACAUAAUUUAAAGGAAGGUCACCAAAAUAUGAACAGUUAUUCAUUAAGUCUUCUCUAUUUAUUAAAAAAUGCAUUUAAAACUGCAAGUGUGGUUCAUACACAUAUUACCAU